CUGGCUUCAGCUUCAGUGUGUAUUGGGUCGUGGUGGUGAGAGGUUGUGUGCUACGCUCUGUGCUACGCCUGCCUGUGUUAACUUCUCUAAACUUCUCUUCUUUUCUUGGGAAUUAAUACACCACAUCAGGAGUCAUGGGGAGCCCCUUCGGUGCAGGGGAGGUGAGCGAGGUGCUGGGUGAGGACGACUACGUCUGCACACUGCCAAUGGAGGUCAGGAAGCUGGCCGCCAGGGACCUCAUCGAGGACGACAACACCCGCACUGCCGCCCUCCAGCAGAUGAGACUGUUCGUGAGGAGGAAUCAAGCCAUCACCAAGUGUCGACUGGACGGGAACUUCCUGCUGCGGUUUCUGCGGAUGAAGAAAUUUCGAUUGCGGGAGUCACAAGAGCUGUUGGAAAAGUACCUUAAAAUGCGGGUCGACCAACCACACUGGUUUACUCGCCUCGACGUCCGCGACCCGACCCUUGACCGGCUCAUAUCCACCGGCUACUUCUUCGCCUUGCCCGAGAGGGACGACUCCGGCCGCAGGGUCUUCUUCAGCGUCGCUGGCAAGAUGGAUCCCACGCAGUUCACUACGUCAGACCAGAUGCGAUCUAUGCAGAUUGGGUUUGAAUCCCUUUUAGAAGACGAAGAGAAUCAAGUACGAGGCUUCACUUAUAUCUUUGACGAGAAGGACGUUGGACUCUCCUUAAUAACACUUUGGUCACCUUCUGAUGUCACGAAGGCCUUCCAGUGCUGCGAGAAGACCAUCCCGAUGCGUCACAAAGAGAUCCACAUCCUCAACCUGCCCACCGCUCUCUUCGCUGUGUUUGAGUUCGCCAAGACGCUCCUCUCUGACAAGAUCAAGAACAGAUUCCAGAUACACAGUGACGAGGCGAGGCUGAGGAAGAAUGUCCCGUUGAGGAUCUUGCCCAAAGAAUACGGCGGCACCGUCCCUAUGGCUGACAUGAUCCAAAUGUACAAGAAGGAGCUCCUGGCAGUUCGUGGUCGAGUCCUCAUGUUGGAUCACAUGAACAUCAACAAAAAGCCCAAGACCAAGAAGAUUGAGAAAGCCAUCAACACCAUCCAGCGUAACUUUAGGAAGCUCGACAUUGACUAGGUGAUCCUUGACGCCCAUAGUGUACUUGUCAUCCAUUCAGCUCAAGUGAUUCACAAGAGUUCCACAGCUGGGAUAAACAAUACAAAGGGUACAUUGCUUUACUGAGGUAAUCAACACAACAGUGGGAGGUCGUGCAAUGUCCAGAACAGUUCACAAAAAGCCGAACAUUAAACACAGACUGGAACAAAUCUAAACUAUAAGACUUUGUGUAUUGAUGAAUGAGUUUUUUGUAUUUACUUAACUACUCAUAUUCUCUAACUAGACCUGAGAAACGUUGUAAAUGAUCACUAAAGUAACCAAUGACCUGUACAGUCUUGUGAAAACUCUCGCUAUGUUGUGACGAAAGCAACAAAAGAGCAUUAGAGGCUACAUAACAAUACAACCGUAAAUAAAGUUCAAAGUAGCUCAACGAAAUCCUUUACUAAUAUCUUUGAAUCACGGUGACAAGUUAAAAUCUUUGCAUUCUUCUCCUAGACUAACGAAAUGACAUUAGCAGUAAGAGUUAAGUGAGGAUAACAUGAACAACACAGUACAGCUUCCAUGGUGUUCUACUCUGGCUAGAAAGUUUGGAAGUUGUUUCUACUGUGACGAUAAUGCAGAUUUGUUCGUCUGUUUUUUCAUGACAUAAAAGUUGAUAAUUUAUGGACUAGAUAACUAUGCUAAUUUAUUACUGAUAUAAGAAUUGUAAAAUGUAAAUAGAAUUUGAGGCAUUGAUGAUAUGUUCACGUAGAAGGUGGAGCUGUAAUAUAUGUUCAGUGUUGAGAUCUUUUGAGUGUUGCAGACGAUGUGUGCCUAAGUAGGGGGGCCAACUUGGCUUCUCUUUAUUGAGAGACAAAUUACCUUAAGUUUGGCUCAACCCUCAGCGAUAACUGUCAGUGUGUCUGUGUGACUUGUGGCAACACAGGAAAAUAUUUGUUAGAAUAUAUAUAUAUAUUGUAUAUAUAUUACAGACAUGUUUCUUAAUGUCUGUGUCUGUGAUGACUGAGAGAGAACUAAUGCCCCAGUUUAUAGUAUUUUGAGGCCUGACUCCUCUUGUGGAUACUUUUGGAUAGAAAGUUUUAUGACGAUGCCUUUUAUUAUUUAUAUAUGUUGAAGCUCACAGCUCACACUUCCUGGUCUCCUACACAGAAACUCUCAGGGUUAUCUCAAUCUGUUUGAAAAAAGUGCCAUGAUCUGCUAUCUUGUUAAACCCAUUCAACGUCGACUAUAGAUAAAUUAAGUGUGAUUAAAACAGAAAUAAGGCGUUUGUAAUGACCACGAACCUAACAGAGGGUGUAUGCGUGUGUCACUAUGUCUUUCAUAGAGUUGCCACCAACAAUCAUACUGUAAGUACACAUUUCAUUAUCAUUAACGAACUCUAGUCAUACUGUAGGAGUUCUUCCCCACUCAACGUUGUAGAGUACAUCCUGAAUGGUCACACUCUAGGCACUGAACGCACACGGUCUUCGUAUAUGAUUAAUCUUUUAUGAUGUGAUUAACUUCGUGUAAUCUUUUUGGUAUGGUUGUUAAAGCCACUUCCACCACUAUUUAUUAUUGUUCUUGAUGUCUCAGUGGAUGAAUGGAUGAUGUGCGCUUCUGUCUUGUCGUAGAGAGGUGUGUGAAUGAAGUGGUGAAAUAUGUACUUUAUUUUUCAUGACAAUAAAUGUUUUUUAACUGA